CCAACAUGGCGCCGCCCAAGAUUUUGGGAAGUUACGUCAGGACAGUAAACAACAUGUCGGACGACAGACUGAGGUGGGAAUUGACGGCCCUUGGCUUCACACCGGGACCGAUCACCGACACCACCAGAGAUGUACUCAAAAGGAAGCUGCACCAGCUGCGCACAGAGUCCAUGUACAGACGGUCAACUAAUGGCGGUGGGAGCAAUGGGAACGGAGCUGUGGGCGCAGACCAUGACAAUGGCCAUUACGAGGAGGGCGAGGAGGUUUACGAUGAGACUCUAAUCGAUAAUGGAGACUAUUGGAAUGCACACGGAUCUAGUUUGCUUGCAGGAGGGGCAGGGCCCACUAGGAGGGCAGUUCAACGUCGGUCCUGGGGGCCAAGUGCGGCUCCGAGGGAGGUAGUGGGGGCAGGGAGGAGUGGGCCCCUGAAUACUCUGCCCCUCAGGUGGAGUGUGGGAGCCCCUAGCCGGGAUCACGGCCCACAGAGAGCCCCACCGUAUGGGGCAGACAGUCUGAGGAGUGCGGACUAUGUGAGCAGACUGCCAAGUGAGGUCGGCACGGGGAGAUUGGUGGCGGAAAACAGAGCUUUGUACAGGAGCCCCUACCAGGUCGAUAACUAUAGUACAUACGACUCGCUAGCAGCGAGAAGGGAAGAACCCUCUGUGUCUGCCAGGGAUGGUGGCUCUGUGAGACAAAGGAAACCAAGCUGGACCCGUAACCUUGAGUAUUAUCUGUCAAGACUACUCUGGGGUCUGUCAGUAGUGCUGGUGUUGGUCUUCAUUGGGAUGCUGGUUGUAAAGAGUGGGAUGCUGAACGCACCGCAGGAGAGCAAAAGUAAGUCACUUUGGCCACUCGGAAUUUGAGAGAAGUGUUUACAAUAAUGGAAUAGGUCUGAUACUAAAGUUAUCCCCUUCAAAGCAUGAUUUAUUUUUUUAAAUGAUCCCUAGCACAACUCUUAAUGGAACACUCAAAACACCUAAGCAGUUGUCCAUUGAAUGGACAGUAGAUAACAACCUUAAUACAUCUACAAUAAUAAAGAGAGGCAGUAAGUGGUUGUAAUGUCUGAAGCUUUUUUUGUUUAAAGGGGCACUUUGGUUACAAGAACAACUGCAGCUUAACCCCUUAAGAACACAUGACGUGUGACAUGUCAUGAUUACCUUUUAUUCCAGAAGUUUGGUCCUUAAGGGGUUAAUGUUGUUCUGGUGUCUAAUGCUUUUUUUUAUGUAACACUGCCAUUUCAGAGAAAAAGGUAGUGUUUAGAUUACUGCUUAGAAAUACCUGUAGUGGCUAUCAAUCAAAUCGACACUACAGGUGCUUCCUGGGUCUGAAGCACUGAAGUUUAGCGUCUCCACAAUCUGGAGGAGCUGAACGUUCCUCAUAGAAAUGUAUUGAUUCAGUGCAAAUGUAUGAGGAGAUGCAGAUUGGCACAGCGUGGCAUUUUGCUAUGGGAAUGCAGUGAAUAGUCAAGUUUGAUCUCCACCAAUGAGGCAUGGCCAGCUGCGAGGAGACUUGCAGACACGGUGCUGGGCUAAAGGUGAGUAAAAUCGCAGUUUACUUUUUUGACGGGCAGACAGACCCCUAAACUAUACAUCAAAGAAGAAUUGGGAGGUGCAUAAAUUGUCACUAGCACACAGUGAUUAAUACUUAAUCUCAGUAAGUGUAACACCUCUUUGAUCACUCUGUAACAAGAUACAAAAGCUAACAUAGCAUAAUACUAUAAUCACAUACUGUAGCGGACCACGGGUAACCCGACCAGUUACCUCUGCUAAGUUCUUCCCUCCGCCACUCUGGAACCCCUUAAAGUAUCAAGAGUCCCAUUCCCCUCCCAGUAACUGGACGAGACACAGCUCUGGAAAUACAACACUAACCAUGCCUUAUUGGUACAGGGGGCUCUCCAUUCAAUUCAAUACAAGCCCCAGGCUCGAGGGAGAUGGCUUACAGAUAACCAUCUCCCGCUCUGGGAGAUACCAACAGCACAACAAUUACAAAAAAUAAGAUAAAUUUUGCUCAGUGAGGGGAGGCGUUCCGCCAGCCAGUCAGGGAAAAGAGCGCAAAAACAAAUUGCGCCAAUCAGUGCUCGGGUGGGGAAGUGUUUCUAGAAGCUAGUUUAAACUGAAGCUCUUCUCCUAUUGGCUGGCAUGGACUUCCAGGCGGCCAGCGGGACCUUGCAGCCGUGAAGCCAACUCACAGUUCCAGGGAUUCUGCUGUGGCUCGCGUCUCUCCGGUGGUUAUCUCCAUGUAGGUAGCACCAGAGAGAGAACUCCUUGGGCCGCAACGAGCCUGGAAUUGUACCUCCCGGGUAGGAAUCCGCUGUCUGCCCUGCUGACAGUCUGGCUGCAGGCAGGAGGCCCCUGGAUUGUUUCCGGCCAAUGAUUAUGGCUCCCGUAGGGACAGGUAGGGUGCUUCCCCCCCCCUGCAGGAGGACCUGAAACACUGUGGGCAAGCCUGUGGGUACGGCACUCAGUGACGGUCCGUCACACAUACAAUGAUCAAUAGUAGAGGCAAUGGGUCACUCACACUUUCCAGAGCCUUUCCAAGCAGACUCUGGCUAUGUAGGCUGGUAAGUAAUAUAGCUGUUUAGGCAACAAGGCCCACUCUUUGAUCCACUUCAUUCUUUUGCUUCUAAAAUGAAGUUAUUCAGUGGAGUUUAAAAUAAAUUUACCCCUGACUCGACUGGGAUACAUCACUUCCCUGGUAACCAAAUACUACUGCCGCAACGUAUACUAACAACAACCCCAAACAAGCUGGAUCUCCUGACACAGACCCCAUGUCCUCUCCCCUACUAAUUAAUUGCAAUUCACCCAACCCAACCCCUUCCCUCGGGGGGGGGGCACGGGGCCCGGCAGUUGGGGGCACACACACCGCCUCCAACUUGCCCACAGACAGAAACCUGUAAAUACUACCCCCUCCCCUUCCAUAGACCCAUAACCCCCACAUCUCUGAUACCAGACCAAAACCAGGUAUAUGCAAACCCUGCAUAAAAGUCUUCAUAGAGAGAACUAGGAGACACAACCUAGCACUCGAGAAGGCACAGAUUGGAGCAGAACCGCCUAAAGGGCAUCCAGCUGGGUGUGCUCUCCCCUGAAGGAGAAAUGGCACCGACCUCUUCAGCUAACAUUUAGUGUACGAGACCACCCACAAUAGACCAGAGAGGGACCGAAUUCUAACAGAGCAGAUAUAGACUAAACAGCAGCCCCGACUACCCACAGCACAGAGAGCGGGCGGGAAACACCACAAUACUAUCUGGUUCUUGACCUGGCCCCUUUAAAAUACCCAUCCCAUAUCCCAACUUUGUAAACUAAUCGACUGUCACUCAUUACCUGUUCACAAACCUGAUUGUAUCAACACGUGCAAAUGUACUUAAAGGGAAACUCCAGGCACCCAGACAACUUCUGCCCAUUGGAGUGGUCUGGUUGCCAACUCCCACUACUCAUAACCAUGCAAGUGUAAUUAUUGCAGUUUUUUUAUAAACUGCAAUAAUUACCUUGCAGUGUUAGCUCCACCUCUAGUCACUCUCUACUAGACAGCCACUAGAGGGCACUUUCUCCUUUAUAGCAAAGAAAACCUGUGAGGGCCUCCAGCGUUGCUCAAUUCCCCAUAGGAAAGCAUUGAAAAGCAUUUUCAAUGCUUUACUAUGGGGAGCUCUAAUGCGCAUGCGCGGCCGGUGGGCGGGAUCAGUCUCGCCCACCGGCCGACGUAAUGCAGAGGAGGAGCGGUGGCGGAGGAAGAAGCAGCGAUGUGGGACACAAGAUGACAAGUGUUGACACAAGGCUGACCGCUGUCUUUUGGUUUUGUGCCGUCAGGUGUUAUAUCCCGCUAGCACUGGGGAGACCCAGAUAUCACAUGAUACCUAUCACUUUCCUUUAUCAGCUGGAGCCGGAUUUUUAGUGGCACUGAACUGACCAAUGCGCCAUGUGCAGUGUUUGACGUGCACAGAGCCCUUUAAAAUCCCAAUGUUUGAAUGAACACGUGAUUAUCUCAGUGUUCGGGGGUACUGGAUUUGAUAAAAAAAAUUUUUAGCUGGGAGGAAGGAGUAGCCACCACCUAAAUGGCAGUUUCCAAACUAUAAUUUCAGGAAUACUAUAUUGUUCCUUUAAAACAUUGCUGGGCUGUUUUGCAGAAAAGGCAAUGUUUACCUAUUCCAUUUUAAUAGUACCCCUGCCCUCCACUAAAUUUUAGCAAGAUUUAAAUACACAUUUAUCUUACUGAUUACUUACUUUACUUUUUAUUUUAUUUUUUUUAGUUAAUCAGCUUUCUGUUGACUGUGAAGGCAAAGAUGACCAGGUAAGAUUUAAUUUUGUGAUUCCAAAUUUGCAGUACUAGGCUUGUACUUGUUUUUUUACUCCUCUUCAAUAUGAUAUAACUGGACUUUAUUAUUAUUAUUAUUAUUAUUAUUAUUAUUAUUAUUAUUAUUAUUAACAUUUAGACAGCACCAAAUUAUUCUGCAACACUUUACAAUAUUAUAAAGGGCGAAAUUUAACAAUAGGUUGAUGAGAACCCUGCUUAAAGAGUUUACAAUCUGCAGCUUACAAAAAAAUAUAAAAAUCUAUACUCACCAAUAUGAAUUAAUCCUACCCGAGCUGACCCUUUUAUAAAUAAACCUAGUUACAACCCACUCCUGUGGUUAGCUGGUUGUUUAGUUUAGUGCAGGUAAUAAUUUCCCAGAUCUCCGUCUUGCAAAGCCUUCUUAUUGAACUGUACCGGGAAACUUAUGAUUGGACAGCCACAGGAAGUAUGGGUGGGGUUAGAACUGGAGAAUUAAAAUGCUGGAAUGUUUAAUUUUUUAUCUUUUUUAUUUUUUAUUAUUCUGGUUGAUGUGUUUGGUUUUAUUUGAGCAGUCUAGUGUCCCUUUAAGGAAUAUUCUGGUACCAUAAAAGGUAUUUAUUUGUAGAUUGAGACAGGGAUUUCUUGUCUCCCUGCAGAUAGCUCCUUUUUAGUUUGCAAAAGCUGCUUUGGAAAUAAGUGCACAGGGUGAACUCAUACCACACAAUUUCCCACCUCUGGUAAUGUUCUGUAACGGAUCACCUGUACUCCGACAGAGUACCUUCCGUUGAUGGACGCUUCCUAGCUUGCGCCAAGGACCACAAGCACUGCACCGGACACCACAACCACCGCAGACACCAACCGCCGUAGAUUAACUGGAGUCAUGCUGUCUUCCUUCCACCCUGGAUCAGCUUUUGUCCUCCAGGGCUGUGUGGAAGUCACAUCUCUCCCCGGCAGCAGCCAGCAUCCCAGGGAGAGGAGAUUGUCGGUCCCUCGUCCCUGCAGCAACCAUCAUCACUGGGAGACAGUCGGUCCGACUUCCCAGCAGCAGUGUCUUGUACCGGGAGAAGAGACAAUAAUACAAAGCACUGCUGUAAAAAGCAAAGAAAAUAUAUAUAUAUAAUCAUCUCAAUCUCUAUAUAAUCUCUAUCUAGCACCAGUACUGUAAGUAUAACCACUCUUGCUGUGGAAGUAAUUAAACUGUAAAUUUCAAAAAAAGUCAGAGAGGAGUCUGAUCUUCAAUAUGUAUUAUUUCAUAGUACAACCUAAAGCAUAGGCGAUUAAACCAACUCGGGAUCAUGAGACAAAAAGAGUGUCCGGUCUUAAUGAAAUAGAAGUGAAGUCUCAAGACCACCGGGUUCCCCUGACGCGCGUGUUUCGCCCACAGCUCAUCAGAGGGGAGCCGAUGUGUGGGAGAUAGCAGAAUUAUACGAUGGAACGUCAGUUCUGAUAGGUGAAUUCAAAAAACGGCAAUACUUGAUUCCCCAAUUGAAAUCCAACUGGGCGGUGACGUAAUGGGUUGGCUAAAAUUAACCCUAAGGGUUAGAAGGGAAAUUAACCCUAAGGGUUAGAAGGGAAAUUUUUAACCCUUGUGUAUAUCUCUCCUUUUUAAUUUGCAUCUUGACAACAAACCUGCUACAAUAAAGAGACUAAACUAUAUAUAGCAGGCCCGGACUGGCCAUCGGGCACACCGGGCAAAUGCCCGGUGGCCAUGGGCUGAGGCCGGCAGGGGAGGUCCCAGGAUCUCCCCAGCCGGUCUAUGCAGGGCCCUCGCUAUCCGAGCACCGGCCCAGCUGUUUUCCAUGGAGGGCCAGUGGGGAGGUCAAAGAUCUCCCUCACCGGCCCACAUGCUGUCAGAUCUGGCCGCCGGCGGGGAGAGAGGGAGGGAGCCAGCUGCCAGGAGAGGAGGACCCGGCGGAGCUCUAACUUGCAGCGGCAAUGCUCCAGAUAUCGCGAGAGUGAACUCUAGCCCCACAGGCUAUACGGGCUAGAGUUCACUCACCCACGAGGACCACCAGGGAACACCGCCUCACAGUCCAAGGUGCCAGCGUGCCGGUCCCCCCAUCCCAGGCUAAAGGUAAGAAGGGAGGGGGGAUUUAAUGCCUGUGUUUUUUUUGUUUGUUUGUUUGCCCCCCCUCCUACACACACAAUAUCCAUUCUAACAUUUAUACAGCACACACGGCACUCUCUCACACACGGCACUCUCUCACACACGGCACUCUCUCACACACGGCACUCUCUCACACACAUACUGCACCCCUCACAUACACACAGAACCCCCCCAACACACUGCACCACACACAUACACAAUACUUCCAUAUAUAUAUAUAUAUAUAUAUAUAUAUAUAUAUAUAUAUAUAUAUAUAUAUAUAUAUAUAAUAUACACACACACACACACACUUUGGAUCCCUAUACACACACUAGAUUCCUUGUAAGCAAACACAUACUACACCCCUAAACACACACUACAUUUUAUUUAUAUAUAUAUAUAUAUAUAUAUAUAUAUAUAUAUAUAUAUAUAUAUACACAAACAAAACCAACGUUGUGGCAGGCUUAUGCAAUAUAUGAUCAUAUAAUGUAACUAAACCCCCAUUAUUUUUUGCCUAGGUGAGGUGUUUUUUAAAUAAAACUAUUACAAUCUCUAAAAUUUUGAAAGCAUUGUUUAGUGAAUAAGCGAGUGCGCUGGAUUCUGUAUUUUUUAUAUAUAUAUAUAUAUAUAUAUAUAUAUAUAUAUAUAUAUAUAUAUAUACACACACACACUUGCUAUAUCCCCAAUACACUCAUUCUCUACAGCCCAUAGCCACAUAUGCAUCACAUUACACCACUUUACACCACAAACACAACAUGACUAAAACCAACCUUAUUACACAAUACCACACCACAAUCAGCUCACUCUACACACACACAAUACCACAAGCAGGCUCCAAACACAUGCACAAUACUCUUUCCUGGCAUUUUUGUCUCCUGGUAUCCAUUUAUAGAGACACCAGAGACAAGUUGCAAGGAAACACAGUGCAAACAUGUUUUUAAAUUUGCUUGCACUGUGCAGAACAAAUACAUGGCUUUUUUCUCAUGCUAGAGCUCUUCAGCAGAGCUCUGCGCAUGGUCUGCCCUGGGAGAGCAUUGAACCAACAUGCUCACUUUGAGAGGGGGCGUGUUUGUCAUUGGUGAUGACAAAACACACCUCCUCUGCCCCGCCCCCUUCUUAGUGGGCCGCUGUGUUGGAAAAAAUGCCCGGGCCGAAUUUUUCUCCCAGUCCGGCCCUGAUCUAUAGCCCAUGUGAAUUGCAAAACUUUGUUUUGCACACAUUACUAGAUGAAGGUUUCUGAACACUUUUGAACAGAACCUCAUUAGGAUUAUACACAUCUCAGCGAUUAUCACACAUUCACCCUUCAGUUUAUCUAGUUAUCUUUUCAUUAUCAAGCUAUUCAUUUUUUUUCAUAUACACACACACUUUAGUCUACUUUAACUUUUUAGCUUGCUAUUUCCCAAUUUCAUAUAGGUGUAUCAUCAUAUACACUUCUUCCUGUGGCCAGCAACAAUUGCUAGCUUUUACGGACUACCAAAUGCUCGGUGAGAUACCAGUUGGUAGAAUUACAUAUGUUCAUUAAUAUUACCUAUUUCAGCCUGGGAAUUUGUCCAUUAUAUUUUACUUUUAGUGGUCCAAUAUUUAUACAUUUUCCAUUGAUAAGUCAUUUAUAUGUGAUUGUCACAACUGCUGCUUUGAGCAGCAUGGAUCAAUACAAGAGUGCUGGCAUCAUUAUAGAUCUUUUGAUUACCCCCUUACUGUUACACAUAACCAAAGAAGGGGUGGGGGAGCACAAAUCAAGCAAUGGAUUAUCAUCUAAUUGCUGGUUAUUGACUGAUUGCGUUGGAUUACAUAUUGGGCACAGAUUCUACAGGUGCAAUGCAGUAUGUAUGCAUGGAAAAACCUUAAAAGCUUUGGCAGAAGUUAGUGGUAAAAUGAGAAACAAGUGUAGUUUUAUGAGGUUUAUUUUAACUGUGUUACUAAUUUUGCACUAAAGGUAUCUGCACCAGUAAAACUAGUGCUCAGAGUUGUAUUAUUUGAAAACUGUAAUGAAUUCCUUAAAUGUUUGACCUUAUUAUUACAUAAACGCUUGAAAAGUGUAUGUAAGUUGGUCUAGCAUGUAAAUGUUGUUACUACAGCAUGUUCUAUUGUAUUUUACUGGGCAACAUAACUUCAUUGGAGUGAAGUUAUAGUGCCAGUGGGUCUUUGUUAAAUCGUUCACAAUUGGUUUGACCUCAAAGUCCAUUAUCCAACACCUGAGGAAACCUCUGCUAGGGUCGCAGCUGAAUAUUCUACAAUAUUUUUACAGUGCUAUAUGUAAUUGCUGUGUUUUUUUUUUUAUGGCAAACCUUUUUAUAUUGAUAUAUACAUUUUGUAUAAUUUGUCAUUCAUUUGCUUUAACAAGUAUUUACUGAAUAUAAUUUAUAAUGUUUUGUUUUCCCAAAUAGUUUUGCAAAGACAAUGAAAAGAAAAUUACUUUCCAAAUCUUGUCAGAAUUGUUUGACUUUCUGUCUUUGGAAGCUGGUAGGUAUAAAAUGGCUUAAAGUAUUGGUAGUGCAUUUCAAUACUACAUUGUUCAUUACAUUAUUAGUACUGGGUGUCUAUUACAGACAAACAAUCAGAUAAAGUACUUUCUUAGAAAAGGUAAACUUGCUGUAAAUUAUGAAGAGCAACCUUUUGUCUUACAGAUUUUAUUGUGUGUUGCCUCGUUUAACCUUGAACAUUUAUGCACCCUGAAGGAAUAGACAGUUCUUUCAAACAAGGCAUUAAACCUUGUAAAACCUUAUUUUGUCUAUUCUGGAGUGUUACAAAUAAUAAAGUGUCAUGUAGUGUUUGUUUUAAAGGAAUACUAUAUUGUUAGGAAUGCUAAGCUAAUACACUAAUAUCCCUCACACCCCCAUCCAUGUGGCAAUUAGAGCUAAAAACUAUUUAUUUUUUAAAACACAUACUCAAUUCCAGGAAACCUAAUGCACAUGCACUGCGAGCGCCACGUGCUCAUUAGACCUUUCCCACAAUGUUUUCACAUGGGGAUUCGAAGACGUUGGACGUGCUCCUUUACCACAUUUGCACCUUUUAGUUGCUGUCUGGUAGACUGCUCUUAAACUCCAAUAUUUAAAGGAUUACUAUAGGAUCAGGAACACAUACAUGUAUUCCUGACCCUAUAGUGUUAAAACCACAUGCAUGUUAAAACCACAUGCAUUUUAAAACCACCAUCUAGGCCUCUCAUGCCUCCAUAAAGAUAGCAAAAUCUUACUGUAUUCAAGCCUGAAGCGGUAACUCUGCAUGCUAUUUGCCUCAGAAAAACAAGCAGUCUGCUGACAUCAUCAGAAGUGGUAGCCUGAUCCUGAUUGGCUGAGACUGACAAAGAGGCAGAGCCAUCACAAUUCAAACACAGCCAUGGCCAAUCAGCAUCUCCUCAUAGAGCUGAAUUGAGUCAAUGAAUCUCUGAGGAAAGUUCAGUGUCUGCAUGCACAGGGAGGAGACACUGAAUGUUUGGAUGCAUUUUAGGCAGCCAUGACCCAGGAAGGAUCUCUAACAGCCAUCGGAGGAGUGGCCAGUGAAGUUAUCACUAGGCUGUAAUGUAAACAUUGCAUUUUCUCUGAAAAGACAGUGUUUACAGAAGGUAAUUAUUCUAUUCACCAGAACAAAUUCCAUAAGCUGUAGUUGUUCUGGUGAUUAUAGUGUCCCUUUAAUAUUCCACCCCUUUCUUACUUUUUAUAAAAGUGCUUACAAAAGCAGUUGGUCCUGGUAGAUUUGAAGUAAGACGGAUAAAUUCAAAAUGUUUUUUUGUUUUAGUUUUUUCCAUGAAAUGAACAUUUUUAGCAAAUCUCAUGCAUAAAAUAAACCGUGCAUAUCAAAUAAAUAAGGAAGGAAAUUGCAAUCCUGUCUGUCAUGUCAAUAUAGUAUAGUCCAUUCAUCUAGUAAAAGAUUUUUAUAUGGAGGCACAGAAUUUUACUUUAAAACUCCCAAGCAUAUAUAUGUUGUGAAGCAGGUUCUUGCCCAUCACUGGAAAGAGUCAAAGGCCAAUGGUUAUUCAACACGUUUUAAUAGAAGGAUCCUUUCAUGAAUGGGUUGGGUCUAUUAUUAUCUUCAAUCUAUGUACAUUCCAAGCAUAACUUUCAGAUUUACUACCAUCACUUGUUAGUUUGCUUAUCAUGGACUUUGUAUCAAAACCAGGUUUAGAGUCACUUUAAUUUAGAGACUCUUAGGAAUUAUAUUAUUUUUGCAUGGAACUUGGGCAAGUAAGUGUUUGAAAAGUUCUAUAUAGACACUGGUCUUCCCAGCUUCACUCCCUGUGCAGUGAAGUAACAUCGUCACACUGACUGUCAAGCUCAAACAUUGGGUCAGGUGUAUGCAUAUGGAUGAAGGACCCUGUCAUGUACAAAUAGGUAGGGUUUAAUAAAUUUGUUUAACGUAUACUUACCCUAAAGAAUCAAUUUCCUUUCAAAACUUGAUGAAAGGGUCAUUAUAUUAAAUACUAUUGAGGGGAAAGUUCUCCUUUUUAAUGUGACAUUAUAGACAACCAGGCCACUUCAUCUCUUUGAAGUGGUCUGGGUGCACUGUCCCUAUCCCCUUAGAUGAAUAUUUGAGUAGUUAGCCACGCUGUACAUUAGAACAGUGUACCACAGGUGUAAGUUCAUGACAUAGCAGUCACUGUAAUGUUCUUGUAAAUGUUAAAAAAUAUCAUUUGGUAGAACACUGGAAGAAAUUAAUUUCAGUCAUUACUUUAUCAGCUCCCCAUUGCAUUUGUUGAAGUUGUUAUUCCAGUGGUUUUUAAUUACUUGUUUAGGCAGUAACCUAGGUCACAAUUUCAAGUAAAGUGUUUCAUAAUCCCUAUUUAUAAACCAUGAAUGAGCAAUUAAUGCCAUAUGCAAAAUGUCGGACAUUAUCCAAAAUCCUCUUCUGGGUUAGGCACUGUAAUUAUUAAUAUGGUUGUAAAAUGUGUACUUUCCUCAAUUUUAGCUGUUAUGACUCUAAUUAUGGCAAUCAUUAAUCCAUAAGUGUUAUUACAGUCAGUUGGCUGGAAAUUGCUGGCCAGGUGUUACUAAUCCACAACGUGUGCGCAUAUGAUACAUUUAAUGUAAUGUGGGAUUUAAAUGCAGAGAGGUUACAUCUGUGUGGUUAUCCUGAAUGUAUGUAAUCUCAUAGCAUGUGAAGUAGUUAGUGGUAAAUGAAGCUGGUAACUGACAGGCAUGGUAGACAAAGAGAGGGAUCGUUCGGCGUAUACCUUGCAUAUUCUCUUUCUUGCUGUUAACUUGGCUAAACCAUCAGAUUUUGCCUAAAUGUUAAGCAUUUUGCUUUUGCUGUAUAUGUUUACAAUUAAUUAGUGUGUGUGUGUGAUAUAGAUAUAGAGAUAUAUAUAUAUAUAUAUAUUAUUAUAUUAAAAUUUUUAUUUUGGAUCUACAUCCAAGGACAUCGGUUGGGAUACACUCUGUAUUCUAAAGACAUUAACAGGAAUUCAAUUCUCCAUGCAUCAAGUUUUCACCCUAGGAGAUUGAAGAAUCCCUGCCUAUUUCUCAAUUUUGCAGGGUCCUUCGUAAUAAUUCUGACCCAAAUAAAGCAUCAGAACAGUUACAACAGAUGCACCAGAAAUUCCUGGAAAGAGGUUAUAAUUGUGCUACCUUGACAAAAGCUUUACAGAAGGCAUAUGUCGAUUGAAGAACCAGUAGAUCGCAAGGUGAUAGGUGAUCGGCUAAUAUUCCCUCAAUCAUUUCAUACUAAAUCACAUAAUAUUGCUGCCAUCAUUCGUGACAACUGGAAAACACUUACAAAGGACAUAUCAUUACCGGCUCCCUUCAGACGGACUCCAAUCAUGAGUUAUAGAAGGGGUAAGAAUCUUAAGAAUCAUUUUGUUCAUGUGGAUCAAUUUACCAAAAUCAAAGAUGAAUCUGCAACCGUCAAUACUGGUUGCUUUAGAUGUCUUAGAUGUAUUGCUUGUAAUUCCAUGUUGCCUGAGAGAGAGUUUGUACAUCCGAGAUCUGGCAAGAAGUUUAAAAUACGACAUAGGAUCACUUGCACCACUACCCAUGUUGUGUACCAGAUUGUAUGCCCAUGUGGACUCGUGUAUGUGGGCAAAACGUCUAAUGAUCUCCGUGAGAGAAUGAGGGGACACCGUUCAACUACACGGACAGCGUUGGCAAACAAAUGUGCAAGUACUCCAGUGGCACGUCAUUUUUUUAGAAAUGGGACACUCUUUGCCCUCAUUGAGAUUUAUGGGGAUAGAUCAUGUCCCAGAACUGUCUAGGGGUGGCAACUGUGAGAUGCGGUUGCUACAAAAGGAGGCAUUUUGGAUUUUUACAUUGGACACUGUCUCCCAAUGGACUAAAUGAAAUGAAUUCACUUCAAUGCUUUCAACCAAGAAGAUGGUCUGUGAUAUGCGUUCCACGGCAUAACAUGUAUUCUAAAUUUUUAGUGAUAUUUAGUUGCUCUACCCAUUUUCUAGGAUCUGUUAUAUUAAUGAGUAUUGGCAUUAUGCCGACUAGGUUAUGGAUAGUGGAUUUUAUUAUUUGGCUGGUUAUGAAUGAGCUAUAUGAUUAAGUUAAGAUCUAAAUCCAGUUCCAUAAUCGACUAGUAAUGUCUGAUAUGAGCGUUUGUAAAUACUUUAUUUUGUUGCUAUUUUGCAGUAAGAUUUUGUUGAUAAUUUAGUGCACCUUGUGGCCAUAUAUCAUAGUUUAUACUGCUCUUAUUUGGCUUUUUACGAAUGAGUUAGUAUAAUAGAGUUAAGAUUCAAACAUAUUUCUAUAAUUGACUAGUUAUGUCUGAUAGGAGUUCCUGCAAAUACUUUAUUUUGUUCAAGACCAAACCUUGUUGUUAUCCUACAGUAAGAAUGUACUCAAUGCAUUUUGUGGUUAAAGGAACACUAUAGUCACCUAAAUUACUUUAGAUAAAUAAAGCAGUUUUAGUGUAUAGAUCAUUCCCCUGCAAUUUCACUGCUCAAUUCACUGUCAUUUAGGAGUUAAAUCACUUUGUUUCUGUUUAUGCAGCCCUAGCCACACCUCCCCUGGCUAUGAUUGACAGAGCCUGCAUGAAAAAAAAAACUGGUUUCACUUUCAAACAGAUGUAAUUUACCUUAAAUAAUUGUAUCUCAAUCUCUAAAUUGAACUUUAAUCACAUACAGGAGGCUCUUGCAGGGUCUAGCAAGCUAUUAACAUAGCAGGGGAUAAAAAAAAUCUUAAUUAAACAGAACUUGCAAUAAAGAAAGCCUAAAUAGUGCUCUCUUUACAGGAAGUGUUUAUGGAAGGCUGUGCAAGUCACAUGCAGGGAGGUGUGACUAGGUUUCAUAAACAAAGGGAUUUAACUCCUUGGAUUGAGCAGUGAGGCUGCAGGGGCAUGUUCUAUACACUAAAACUGCUUCAUUAAGCUAAAGUUGUUCAGGUGACUAUAGUGUCCCUUUAAAUAUCAGAGUUUAUACUGCUUUUAUGUGUAGAUUUCCCCCGUGCUGAUACAUACUUGGACCCGGAGUAGUACGAGUUAACAGCUGUCUCUAAUAGUGAAACUCUGUAGCUUGGUCAGUAUGUGAUACCACUUUGAUUGUAUACUGAUUGCUCCGGUCCAGUAUGUAUUCUCUGCUUGAGGAAAACAUUUUAUGUUUUGUAUAUAUGUAAAUAGUUGAGUUUUUUUUUUUUCACUUUAGGUAUGUUUAAUGGUUUUAUUGAAUACUGCAUAUAUAAUUAAUCACUUUAGUAAUUGGUACAAUAUGUUGUACUCACGAUUUACGUGAUGUAAUUGAACUUCGUUAGUGUUCCUUUACCCUCCAAUCAACAGUUCAGUGUAUAUUUAAAUGCAGUGAGUCACGUUGUUAGAUUGUCUUGAAAAAAGUCCCUAGUGGACUGAAACGUCGACCCUAUGUAAUCAACUUUUGAAGCUUGAAUAAAUGUGCACUUCCAACAAGGUAUUUCAUAUUUUGAGGUCUGAGUGGUACCUAGGCAAUAAAUAAGACUGGGAGCAGGAGUGCGGGACCCAGCGUGAAUUAUUUAGAUAUUUUAUUUUUUGUACUUAUUGGUGAUUAACCUGUAUAUUACAUGGCUGAAGCAUUUAAGGUAUUACUGAUUUUAUUUUACUCUUCUCCCUUUCUUAUUUACUCUCCACUCGCGUUAGGCAGAUUUGAUUGUGGUAACCCUACAGGUCUGAAAAGCAAAUGCAUCCCUAUUAUCACAGCAAGAGCACAUGUCACUGUAAGUACAGGCUUAAUGUUUGUGCUCCACUCCACUCAAAUGUUUCUUUUUAUUUUUUAUUUUUUUAAUAUAUACUUUAAUAGUACUGUGUGUUUCCAUAGAAUAUCAGUGGUCACCCACCUCAGAAAUUUGAUGCUGCUCUUGAAUGGGUGCUGAAAAGUAACAAACAUUUUGGGAUAUGGUAAGUGACAGAGCUUGAUGUUUUAAAAGUUAAGGAAAUAAAGGGAAUAUGCCCUAUAAAGUAAAAAUCUAGGGAAACAUUCUAAAUAAUAUAUUUUCUAAGUGAAGUUAAAAAAUAUUUAAUUGCAUUUUUUUUUUUGUCUGGUAAAUAAUCUUGAUAAUUUAUAAAGUUAGUAUUUUAACAUUUUAUGUCAAAUUUUCCCUGCAGGUUUCACUUUUAAAUUUGAAAUUCACUUUGAAUUCUCAAUUUAGUGAAUAGUCCUGUGUAGUUGUAUAAGGCGCACACAUAGGUAAUUUUAAAUUUAAGGUGAAAAUUGCCAACAGGCCCAACUGUGUAAAUUCUCUAAGCAAGCUUUGUUUUCCAUUUAUAUACUGUGGCUUUAAGUUAAAAAAAAAUCACUUUGAAUUCUCUGUUUAGUAAAUAGCCCUGGAAAAAAAAGAUUUUUUUUUUUUUCUUGAGCACAGGGUGAAAGGUGAUACUACAGAGACAGUCACCACAAGAGAACGCGCCUCCUGUGUGGAAUCGUCAAGACCUCGUCUUGGAAUACUUUGUAGAUUAAAGAAUGCAUUUUGCACUGUACUUUCCACCAUGUUCCUUGCUGUUUUUGGUGAGCUUUAGCUUUUUCUAUCCAUCUUAAACUGAAAAAAAUAAAGAGUAUGUCCAUUUAUCCCUGUAUAUGGACUUUGUGUUUUGCUUGCUAAAAUAGCAAAAGUUUGUGUGCAAACUGGUAUUUAUGCAUUUUGAGGGAAUUCAAAUUCUUCUGUUAGCAAAGUAGUUGGGAUAAUAUUUUCUGCCAUCAGAAAAAUUCAAAUGCCAAGAUAAAUAGCAAAGGAAGACUAAACCUUUGAGCUGUUUUGUUGCCUAUUAACAAAAUAUGAAGAUUUAGAAUAAAUAUUUAUAUAAUUUUGUUACAUAAGGCUGAAAAUGUACUGGAAUGGUUGGUUUGUGUUCUUUGCUACACAAAAGUUGGCCAUGCGUUCAGUUGAAAAUAAGCACAUCUGAUAUAUAUGUAAUAAUAUAUUUCAUAAAAAAGAAUCCUGUAGGAAAGGUUUUUAAUGGAUUCAAUCAUUAUUUAUUUAUUUUUGCCUUGUCUGAAGACACAAUUAUGGUUUGACACCUCUCUCACAACAGACCUAAUUGAUUUCUUCCGUGGUCUGUAUAUGUUGCUUUUGCUUCUUUAACAGUAUUUAAAGGGGCACUAUAGUCACCAGAACAACUACAGCUUAAUGUAGUUGUUCUAGUGAGUAUAAAUGUUCCCUGCAGGCAUUUUCAUACAAACCGCAGUGUUUUCAUUGCCUCCUAGGGACACCUCCAGUGACCACUCCUCAUAUGGUUAAUGGAUGUUCUUCCUGGGGCAGAGCUGCAGUGUCCACGAUUUUGCAUGGAGAUGCAGAAUUUUCCUCAUAGGGCUGCAUUGAUUCAAUGCUUCUCUGUUAAGAGGUGGAGAUUGGCUCCAUGCCUAGCCAACUGGCUAAAAAUCAUAAGAUUUGAAGAUGUCCGCAAGGAGGCAGAUCUGGGGUGGGUACAGCGCUGGCGAACUUAAGCGGCGCAGAAAAUAAGGUACGUUUUUUUUACUGAUUUAUUUAUUAUUAUUACCACCUUUUUAAGAGGGGUUAACAGAGGACAAGCCACCUAAAUGGUAAUUUUAACACUAUAGGGUCAAUAAUACAUGUUUGUGUUCCUGACCCCAUAGUGUUCCAUUAAGUAAUGUAAUGUUUUGUUGGGGUAGAGUUGUUCUGAUUAUUUUUAAUCAAUGCUUUCCACAGGUAUCCUCCUCCUUUGGUUAGUUGUGGUUUUUUUGAGAUAUCAUUGGAGAAAACUAGAAGAAGAAGAAAAGCAGAUGUUUGAGAUGGUGGAGAAAAUAAUUGGUAUGUAAUUCAGUAUAGCAUGCCUAACCUAAAUGUCACCUGUUAUGCUUUAUAAACACAUGAAAUGCAUCAGCUAACAGUUGCCUAGGACAUCAAUAUCACACUUGACACGUAUUUACAAACAAGAUGCUUAGUUUUAUAUGGUGGCAUUGAAAGGGAGGAGUUUUGGCAGAGCUUCAUUUAUAGUCAUUCUGAUAAAUGUAUGUUUUAACAAUGUCUAUUUUUUGUUUUGGGUGGUAUGUGCACCAUUGGGAGGGUUAGGGACCCUGUAGCCCAGGGAUGCCCAAUAAGUAGAUCCACAAAUGUUUUAAAACUACAGCCUUCAUGAUGAUUUGGCAUUCUAAGAACAUGCAAAACAUCAUGAGAGUAGUAGUUUUAAAACAUUUCUAUUUUUCAUUUAAAACCCAUUUGUAUUCCAAUCCAAAAAGUUAUUUAGGGGGAAUAGAUGGGGGAAAAACAGCUUUCAAGUAGUGAGAAAGUAUUAAAAAGGUAAACGUGAAUUUAAGGAGCAUGCUCUUACUGUAUUUUUAUUUUAUUUUUUCCUCUCUCCUCUUUCUCUUAAAGAUGCUGUGAAAUCCCAUUAUAGAGAAUUUAUUCAAAGGACUGAAGAUAGUCCUUAUGUUGGCAUUGUGCAUGUCAGAGACACAUUAAUACCUCCCCAGGACAGGUGAGCUGCUGUUUUAUAAACUUACACAAUUUGCUAUACUAAACUCUGAAAACGUGUCUGUUUUAACAUUGGUACAGAGCGCAAUCAUGUAUUUUGAGGAUGAUCUUUUUCGUAAGUAAUUUUAGGUGGGGAAAAUUUAAGGCACACAUUAAAAGCUUCCUACAUCUGUUUCUUAAAAUGUAAAUUAUACUUUAUUUUUUUUUAAACAGGAAACGUCUGAAAAAAGUAUGGGAGCGUGCAGUGCAGUUUGUGGAAAACCAUGAAUCGCGGCUUCGUACUGAAUCACAGCGUGUCGCGGGGGCCGAUUUAAGAGUAUGGCGUUGGACUCCAGUCCUCAGCGAAUACAGUGGCAUUACAUCUGCUCAAAAUCUUUAACACAUGGAUAAAGAUCCAUGUACUCAAGUUAAAACGAGGCGCCUUACACUGUGGGUUGGAGUUUGUUGCAAAAGCAUGCGUUCCUUUGCAAUACUCUGUGGCUAAAAUUGCUUACAAAAAGAAGAAAGUUGUUGUAAAUUCUUAUAUAGGGAAGUAGAAAGGUACCAAAAGAGUGUUGGUUGCAUCAGGAAAUAUGUUUGACUGUUUUUAUUGCCAAUUAAGAGGUGUAGAUACAGGAGUAGGAUUCUUUGUUCAAAGGUGCGACUUUUAUUUUGGGUAUGGUAGACAUUUUACAGACACAAUCCCUUUUUUUUGGUGAUCAGACUUUCUGAUGGAAAACCACCUUUAAAAUUUAUACAGUUUUUGAGUGAAGUCUUUAACUAUUCUGUGCCUGUACGAACAUUAGUGUUUGCUUAAAAGCAGAAUUAUGUGAUAUUUUUCAACUGUGCCCUUGCUGCUUGUUAAUGCAAAACCAGAAUAUCCUAAUUUUGUGUCUAGCAUUUUGUAUAAACUCCAGCACUAGUAGAGGAUUUCGGAGGCACCUAUUUGAAGCUUAACGGUUUUAUAAGAAAUAAGAGGGAAAAAGGGUGGUCUAAGAUGUAUAUUGUUCUCGCUGGGGCACAUAGGAGUUUAAAACACAUUCUAUCUUCUCGCCUGGCUGCUGCUGUUUGGGAUUGCUGCUAUUUCUGCACAGCCGAGAUGCUAUUUGUAAGAAGCAGCAGAAAGGCAAACCAGUCAUGUGUCGCAAAAUAACACAACACCUGCACAUCUAGAAUUAACUGUUUAUUCAACAGUGGACUAUAUAUACAUGUUUAGUUUGGAAUAUUGCAGUGCUGUAUAACACUAAAUCUAUAUAUAAUUAUAAAGAAUGUGUUAUUGUAUAAAUAAGAGUGUAGUGCUCUUUUUAACAAAACCUCUCAAAGAAUUAAAAUUUAGUUCCAUGUCUGUAUUUGACAGUGUAUUCUGCUAUAAACGGCUUAACAAUGCAAUGAACCAUAGAUGUUUGAAAGGGAUAGCAAACUUACAUUAAUGUAUGUUUAGGCUAGCAUAUUACCUUGCUUUUCUCUGCCCAGUAUGUCCGUUUUGAAUGUUAUGAAACAUUCAUAAUGGUUUUUCUGUACAUUUUAAUUUUGAAGACUUACUGUAAAGACGAGAUUUAAAAGAAUACAACAUCCCAAGUGCUGUAAUCCUACUGAAUAGCCUAUAAUGUUUUUGGUUAUUAUCUUGAUGUUUAUGGUAUUUGAACCUUAUAUAUGUAGCUAGCUAGUUUUGAUUUGGCCUUGUUUAAAAUGUAAAAGUAAACACUCUCAAAGGAGAAUUAGAUCAUUAAUAUGUGGCAAACUGAAUAAUAAAAUUGAUAUGUAUUUAAAGAACAAAAAAGCCUUUCAAAUUAUGCAGAGUACUUGUUUUAUAAUACAUUGUGUGUGUGUGUGUGGUUGCACUGACUACACACAGAUGAGUUUAAUGUGAUGUGUAAAUAAGCUCUCUGUCAGUAUGCAAAGCUUAAAAAUAUACCUAUCCAGAACUGGUUGUGCAAACGCUACCCCCAAUUAAAAUUUACUGUUUGUAUGGAAUGCGUACAAGCAACAAUACCAAAUUGUAGGGAUACUGUAAAUUCAUAUGAAUAUACAUUUUUACUUAUUUCCUAAAUAGUUUGUUUAUGAAAUCUGAAAAAUAACAUGUAGUGUAGAGAUUAGCACUGCUGUAUUUACCUCUAUGCUGGAAUUUAACACCUUCAUCUUGGCCCUGUGUCAGUCAUUAUUAUAAGGACAUCUCUUUGAACAGGUCAGUCAGGAUAGAGAUAUUGAUCUGGUAUGUGUUUGGCAAAACUGUCAUGUGGAUAGAGGUUUUCAGCAGUUGAAGAUGAUUAUUUUUUUUUUUUUUUAGUAUGUUAUGUGAUGGCGUAUACUUUUUUUUAUUAUUAUUUUUUUUUUUUUUGAGAAUUGACUGCUUCCCUGUUAGUGUGUGUGUGUGUGUAUUUAAAAAUAUAUAUAUUAUACACAAAAUAACAUAAAUAAGUGUGCCUAUUUAUUAAUACAAAUUGAUAAAACAAGCUGUAUAAACCCAUGAUGUAGGAAUGCUUCAAUACAUAUUGGCUUUCGUGGAUAUUAAUAAAUAGCAUCCAGUAAUACAUGUAGAAUGUACCAAUGGGUAAUAAAUUGGUUUGGUUUUGUACGCAUAGAGAGAGACAAAUAUAUUUCACUGUUUCAUGCAUUCUACAUUUUGUUGCCUGUACAAUCUCAAGUAUUUUAUAAUUUCAAGAUCAUUGCCUCAUUCAUUGAAACAUUUUUCCGUGCCUGUUAAUGCUGAUUUAUACAGUGAUAAUGAAAACCCUGCCACUGUAUAAGAAGCAAAGUAUCUCUUCACAGUUAGUAUUGGAUAAGAGCAUAGGCUUGCAUAUGUCUGCUCGGUCCAUUUCCUUCCAUAUGAUGCAACCUCCAGGCAAAUAUCUUUUAAAGGCAGCGUUAUUGAAGCACAAAAAAAAAAUAGCUUUUCUCUGUAUUUAUGAGUUUUGGAAAGGGGACAGAAUUUUAGAUUAUACAUGGCAGCUAUUAUUACUAAAGUUACCCAUCAUCUCACAAACUGUUCAUUAUCCUUGUGCAUCAAUAUGCAAAACCACAUAUACUGUCAAUAUAUACAUGCUCCAGGCAUACCAUUUUCAUUAUCUGUAUAUGCUCGAAUAGUAAAGCACAUUAUCUGUGAUGUAGAUUAUUUGCAUUGCAGUACUGUAUGGUGUGUGUGUGUGUGUGUGUUUUGAUAGUCUGUUUUAUAUGUUGAAUGAUAGGCUAAAGGAAUAAUUGCAGUAUGCGUAGUCUGUAUCAUAAAAUAUACCAUAAGCAAUUUAAUUUGUUCUUGAGCAUAAGUGGUUUGGAUACUCCUGAGACUUUAAUAUUUUAAGGGGUGGCAAGAUGUGAAACCUUUUGCACUGCAGUCCACUUGCCUAUCUGUCUCUAUUAUGGUCAUUGCUGAUGUAACAAACUGUGCUCCAAUGUUUUGUGUUUGCUUUUUUUACAAUCUGAAACCCUAGUGAGACAGAUCAGGGAGCAUUUCUAGGCAGAGAUCAGAUGACUAGAAGUAUAUCAGUAUGCACAUUUUUCAAGUCUGUAUAAUUUAUUUUUUGGGGGUUGGUAAAUGUUUUAUUACAGUAUAGUUUUAUGUUGUAAGUGUUCACUUUUUAGCAUUGAUACAUACUGCUGCUCCUCUAUAAAGGUGUGUUCUAUUUUCUAUAUCCAUAUAUUCUAUAUGGAGUUUGUGUUGUGUCCCAAUAUAGAAACCGUUGAAUAACAACUCCAAAGAUGCAUUUGUAUGUUUUUGUUUUUAGCUGAAAACAAAGCAACCUUUCAUAAUUGUUUAAAAUACAUGUAGUUUCAUACAAGAUUAAAAAAAUGUUUUUUAAAAGCAAAUGUUGUAUUUCUUUGACCUUAAUUUGUGUUUACAGUUUGAUUUUGUCUGUUCUAUAUAUUUAAUGUGAACCUAGUUCCAUAAGUGUUCUAUCAG